GUUCCGCGUCACAUACCGGCUGAUCCUCCGCGAGAAGGAGCUGCACUGCCACGUGCAGGUGGUGAACCCGAGCCGCGACCGCGAGCUGUGCUUCCAGCUGCUGCUGCACACGUACCUCAAGGUGCCCGACGUGACCCGCUGCCAGGUCACCGGGCUACGCGGCUGCACCUUCACGGAUACGACGAGAGAGCACGCCGUGUACCAGGAGGCCAGCGAGGGCGUCCAGGUGACGGAGUGGACCGACCGGGUGUACAGGAACACGCCGCCGGAGCACAUCGUCACCAACGUCGUCUCGGGCCGCAAGAUGCGCGUCCUCAAGUACAACCUGGCAGACACCGUGCUGUGGAACCCGUGGUCGCAGGACGUCCAGCGCCUGGCGGACCUGGGCGCGGAGGAGUACCGGAGCAUGCUGUGCGUGGAGCCGGGCCAGGUGUCCGCGCCCGUCAUGCUGCUCCCCGGGACGGCCUACGAAGGGAGCAUGAUGCUACAGGUGAUGUAGCUGCCAUUGUUAUAAACUUUUACACCUCGCAAAGCUUCACAAUCAGAAAUCCAGCUGUUUCCUCUCUGGGAUGAAUUUGACUGUAAUAUUUUAGGUCUUUUAAUCCCUGCGAUAGCCAACAUUUUUAUUUUUCCUUAAACUAUGAAAUCAAACUAGGCAUUUUUGAACCAUGUAAUCUGUGAUACUAUCUGACUACAAAUUUUUGUUGUCAGUUGUUGAGCCAAUUGGAAAGAAACCACAAAUAAUUCUCUCUUAUUGAGAUUAUUCUUUUCAUAUCCAAAACAUUGAAAUAAUGAAAGCUUCUAUCAAUUUUGUGCAUCUCUUAUAAGUUAUAUUCCUUAAAAAUGUUAAUAUUAAAAUUGUCAAAAUUUAUUGUUUUAUUAGAUAAUAUCUUCUAUCCUAUUUCUUAUAUUUAUUUGGAAGGAGUCUUUUUUCUGUAUACGAUGAAUAUUAAUGUUGAACCACUAUGUUGUUUGAUAUACUAGUUACCGCAACAAGGAGAGAGUGGGAGUAAACUUUUGAAUAAUUACCAGGCAACUCAGUAAAUUUUCUCAUUCAAGUUCCUAUAUUAGGCCUCCUGUAAUAGUCCUGAGGCAAAGUCUUUUGGACUAAAUAGUUUGAGGGAGGGAUAACUUCUUUCUACGAUUGCCUGGCAACCCUACUUCAGCAUGUUCAGGGGCAAGUAUGGUGCGAAGAACAGUUUGCAGCAGUUACAACAGUGGAGCUCUUCCAGUGGCUUCCACAAGAAUGUCAGAUAUUCCCUGCGUUGUGCGCGUGUGUGUGUGACAAUUCUCUUAUACUGUAUGUAAUGUGCCAGUUGUGAAUGGAAUGUGUCACAGAAUUGUUAAGUUUUGUUCCUCACCUAGUGGUGCCGAAUGUGCCCUGCUCUACUAGGUUCUAUACUAUUGGUAAACCAUUUUUGUAUGCUGGUUGUCAAGUAAAGUCUGUGAUUAGUAAACAAAAGUAAACAGUU